GGCCUCCCAAAGUGCUGGGGUUACAAGAAUGAGCCCCUGUGCCCGGCCGAACUUCCCUUUUCUUUCCUUUUCUUGGUAUUUUGAAAGUGAACAGCCAUGGAACAGCUUUUUCUUUUUCUUAUUUUUUUUUUUUUUGGUAGAGACAAGGUCUCCCUAGGUGGCCCAGGCUGGUCUCAAACUCCUGGACUCAGCAGCCGGUGUUUUCAGCUGGUGCGGAUCCAGCUGGUAUGCUCGUUAGGCUUCUAGCUGAAGGAAGUGUCCACUGUAAUCUCGCUGGCAUCCCAUCACCUUCCAGAAGCAGGGCGUCCGCCAGCUGUGUGUGCUCUUGGCCCCUGCUGAGCCUGUGCGCGGGGUGCUCGUCUUGCCUGUUUCCCAACCCCUUGUUUUGGGUGAGAUCCCGCCCAGCUGGCACGGGAAGGAGGAUGGGGAGUGGCCACCACUGUGGUUUGUUGCACGGUGAGUUCGGUGGCUGUCCUGCCUGGGCCCGGCACCCAUAUUUCUCCCGCUUGGCUGCAGCUCCAGCCCUUCUCCGUCCCCCGUAGCUUCCUGCCCAGUCCCACACCGCACAGAACUCCAGUGUCCCCUCCCCUAGACUUUUACACACACCUGGUAAGUCGGGCCCGGGACCCACAGCUCCAUAAUGUGAACUGUACACGGCCUGGCGGGUCGAGGUGCUAAGGUCGCCCCUCACCUUUACGAGACCUCAGCUUAUACCGGGUGUGCAAGCUCUGGGGCCCUCAGAGCCCAAGCUCCCCGCCUGAGGGUCUAGGGCUGUGGCCUCACCUGCCCAUAGUCCUGCAGUGACCUCUGUCAUGAGUCCAGCUGGCUCGAGCCGGGCGAGGAGCAGCAGUACCUGGACACGCUGAAGCAGCUAUCCAAGCGCAUCAGUCCCCCGCACCGCGUGGUCAACAAGAUCGACAAGAACGAAGGUCCCCUGAAGACCUUGCCAAAGUGUGACAUCACCCUGGAGAAACUCAAGAAUGACAUGGCAGUGCAGCACCUGUGCCAGCAGCUCCUGGAUGCCAUCCUGGCCAACAUCUGCUCACCUGUCUUCAGCCAUUCCCUGCGCAUUUGCUUCAGCCAUGACUGUCAUCCACGGCCCACUCAUCACGUACAUCCAGCUGGGCUGGGCUUUGUGGAGGGCAGCUGGCCAGCCCUGGGCCAUAUGUACCCAGUGUGGUCACCAUGCUGCCUUCUCAAGGCCCCGGUGGUAUGCACCCAGAAGCAUAGGCUUGAGGACGACCAGCGGCAGAGCACCCCCAGCGUGCUGCAAGGCGAGGUGGCCAGGCUGGACCCCAAGUGCAUGAUAAACCUGGACCCUUCUCACUGCAGCUACAAUGGCACCGUCCACUCGAUCUGCAAGUUGGGCGAGUGUCCAGGAGCGUCAGGCUGGCGCUGGUUAGCAAACCUUGACCGCAGCCCCAGGCCUCUGCCGUUUGAGCCGGAGGGCACAGUGCCCGGACCCCGCCCUGUGUUCACGCUCUGCAGGCUGUCUGCCCUGUCUUCACAUACACCGAGCUCAGGACAGACUAGCCAUGUCUCUGCCCCCGCCGCCAGAGCCCACGCACCCUCGUCUCCCCAACACAGAUGUGGCUCUGCUUGCCUGUGGCCCUGGGGAGGUGGUGGGCAGGACCUGUGGGUACCCAUCCAUGCAGGGCACUCCGGGCUUCAGGUUUGGAAAUCCGAGAGUCAGAGAGACCUCCAGGCUUUGCCACAAGCCUCACCAGAACCUCCUCGGGUGUGAAGAGUCCUGUUCGGGAGCAGAGUUGUAAGGCAGGGCAGGCCGGGCCUUGUCCAGUCACAGGUACAGCCUUGUGUGUUGCAAACGACAAGGACCUCCCAAGUGUGCCACCACGUGCCCACCGACUGCCGUGCCCAGAGUCCGCGAUGGAUGGACCGACAGUGGCUGUACAGUGGGCAGACCCAGAGGAGCUGUGUGGGGGCUCAGGGCAGGCAGGGGUCGUUUGGAAAACCAGGCUCCCAGUGCAGUAGGGACAGCCUCUGUGCACUCCAGCCCCUCCCAGCUCAGGCCCUUCCAUCCCCUUUCUGGCUCGCCCUGUGCUGACAGGAGCGGGUUGUCCACCAGUGAGAGAGGGUCUCUGCUCUCCCCUGUGUCCUUUUGCCCCUUCAUCUUGUGUCAGGUCAGCUGUCCAGGGUGGCUGUGUUCAGUGGCCGAGGGGUGAGAAAGCUGCGGUUUAAGGACAGACCCUGCUCUUCCAGAGCCCACUAGGGAGCUCAGCGCAGCUGACGUGUCCUACCAGUAGCUUGGGCACACAGGGCCCCAUCUAGGUGACAUGGCACCAGAGAGCCACGUUGACAGGGAUCAGUCUCCCUGAGCCCAGAGCUGGCACACAGCAGAGCCAGGGCUAGGUCCCCAAGAUUGUCAGAGGCAAAGCCCUGGGCUCCAAAUUCCAUUCAGAUUCAGUUCUUCACUGAUGAUGAGGCUCUGGGAGGAGAGCCCUACAGCCAGGCAGGCAGCGUGCAGGGCUCCUCCUGGUGUUUCAGCCAAUCCUGGUGUGCAGGGCGGGUGUGCAGGGCCUGGGUGCGGUGCCGACUGCCUCAGGCUCACGCCCACUGUUCUGUUGCAGGCACCAAGCCCUUCCUCAGGUCGGUGCAUCACUGCGUGACCUCCAGGCUGCCACAGCUCCCGGACAAGCACUCGGUUACCACCUUGCUCAACACCUGUGCCCGGAGCAUCCACCAGGCCUGCCUCCCGGCUGCCUAGCCAGGACUGCAGGGAUGGCCCACAGCCUCAUCGGGGCCAAGGACACACGCCUCCUGUCAGACACUUCUAGGUGUUGGCUUCCAUGGAGAGCCUGGAGUUAGGUUAACUUUCCUCCUUUUCUCUUCUGCCUUGGGGAUCUGCCAAGUGAAAUCCCACACUUGCACAGACUGAGACGGGCGCAGUGGAGCAGGCUGCCUGCAGGGCAAUGGCCGUCUUCUUGGAGAAGGUGUUCCAUGUGACUUCCUCCACAAAGCCGGACACAGUCCCCAGCCACCGUCCUCGGGCUGCUCUCACCGCGGCCUGUCCAGGGUCCGGGUCUGUCUCAGCAGCAUCAGGGUGCGCUCAGGGUGUUAGAGCGUCUUGUGUGUGCUCGACACACCUCUGCUCCUUUCUAUAGGAGAACACAGAGGACAUAGGAAACUCUUCAAACGCACAUGGGAUUCUCUGCUCACAGUUUGGGGUUCAGGCUGCGCUGCUUUGGGCAAGUGGGGCACCCCCUGGAGAAGCCCCUGAGUCCAGGGCACAGGCUGCCUAUCGGAGGGAGGGCUGGCCGAUGGCUGCUGCCGGCUCCCUGCCACCCCCUGGGCUUCGGCCCUUGUGGCAUUCCUGCUCAGCACUGUGGGGCCCCCAAGGAGCAGGGGCAUCAGGGAUCGUGCUGCCAGCACCCCUGUGCCACUUGUGUAAGGGCCGUGUCCAUUGUGAUGGAUGAAGAGCGAGGCCCUCAGGACCCACGUCCUCAGAACACCACGUGCUGCACCACCCAGAGAGAGCCUGGCAGUGGGCGGGGCCCCCAUGCAGUGAGUGCCUCCCUGUGUUGCCCGCUCAUCUGGGCACCGGCCAGCAGCCCUUUGGUGAUGAGGUCCUCCCUUUUUAUGCGAACUACCCCAUCAUCUGUGAUUGUUAUAAUCUCGUGACUCCUGUGUUUGUCAGGAGUUGUCACUGUGUCCCCCCUCCGUGAACCUGGGCCUGCUGUCCUGUCAGGAUGCUGUCAGCCUUGGGGCCGGCACUGUCCACUCUGGCCCCGGGCCUCAGCUCUCCUUUUCUAACACACCAUCCCAUUCCUUGGCCUGGUUCAUCCCCAGCUUCCUGGCACAGUUUCUGCUCCCUGAAGCAGGGAGAGGUUGAGAUUAAUGCCAAGGAAGUGGGGCCAUGGGCUUGGGAAGACUGUGGCUGGGUGAGGGUGGGCGCUAAGCUGGCCACCCCACCCCCGACUGGACAUGUGCUGUGCUGUGGUGGAAGGGGUGGUGCGGGCAUGUCCACACCGUUCUGGAGAUGGCCCUCCAAGGAGGAGGCCCGCCUGGCUGGACCUCUUUGCGGUGCUGUCAGGGCAGGAGAGGACAGCCUCUCGCCCCCAGGAGCAUGUAGUCUGGGCAGGAGACCAGAGUGAUCAUGUGUUUGGAACGCAGCUCCAGCCCAGCCAGGGGACCAGAAAAGCCCUCCUGCCUCCAGGGAGGAUGUGCACGGCUCUGCCAAUGCGCCUCUCCCAGGGCCACUGACAGGUCCUGGAUGAGCAAGACUGGGCUGCCCAGGCAGGUCUCUGCAGACAGCAGGGGCUGGGCUAGGAGCCAGGGGCGGGGAAUGGGAAGGGACACGACGCCUGAUAGCCAGUGAGGAACCAGGCAUACAACUUGGAAGUAAAGAAGCUUUAUUUUCAGUUUCAACAGGUAAAGCGAUACCUACUUCAUCAUGUGCUUUUUAUGUAAAUGCUAAAUAGCAAAAUAACAGAAAAUAAAUGGUUAGUUUAGAGAUCAAGUACUUUA